AUGUCGCAACAAGGAGUCAUGGUCGACGAAGAGGCUGCGAGAACCGACACAACAAAUCUUGGAGAAGCAAAGGAAACAGCAGACGAAGCUGGAACUCCAAGUGUGACCAGCAAUGACUUGAAAGUUCCAGAACCUGCUUUGGAUUGGGACUCACCGGAAGAUAUUGGUAACCCUCGCAAUUGGCCAACAUGGAAGAGGGUUUAUCACACCUCCAUACCCGCCUUAUUCGGGUUCGUUAUCACCGUAGGAACAUCCUCCUAUGUUCCCUCAAUCCCACUGGUUAUGGCAAAGUUCAACGUAGAACGAGAAGUCGCGAUCCUACCGCUCUCGCUCUACACUUUGGGCUUCACACUUGGACCCGUCUUGGCAGCACCUCUAUCGGAACUUUAUGGACGGCGCAUCAUCUACUGGACAUCACUUCCUUUACUUGUCAUAUUUAUGGCCAUUGCAGGUGCCUCUGAGAAUAUAACACAGUUGAUAAUCAACCGCUUCAUCGCCGCAGUAUGUGGUUCAGGAACUCUCGCAGUUGGCGCAGGCACAAUAGCAGAUUUGUGGUCUCCACAAGCCAACGGCCGAGCAGCAGUAUUUUAUAUUCUCUCUCCUUUUCUCGGUCCCGCCCUCGGUCCACUCACAGGCGCCUACGUAGUCUCCGAAUACAACAACAACUGGCGUUGGUCCCAAUGGGUGGUCAUGAUAAUUGCAGCACCCAUGAUAGUUCUCGCAUUCUUUAUGCAAGAAACUAGCAAAUCGCGAAUCCUGUACCUCCGCAAAAAGGCAGCUGGCGAAAAGAUCGCCCAUCAAAGUGGUGACACCGCUCUCCUCAUCCGCAAACUUCGCAUCGCCGUCACUCGUCCUAUCGACAUGAUGUUUCGCGAGCCAGCCGUCGCAUUCUUAUCGAUAUACACUGGUUUCGCUUUCGCGAUGAUGUUCUCGUUCUUCGGGUCCUAUUCGUACGUCUACCAGAAAGUCUACCACUUCAAUCAAAAGGAAGUCGGUCUUGCAUUCCUCGGUAUCCUAGUCGGUUUCCUCUCGGCUGUCGCAUCUUUCGGCGCUUUCGACGCUACAUUGUACAAGAAAGCUGUCGCGGAAGCUGCUAAGCGAGGGGAACGUCCGGCUCCAGAACAUCGAUUGUACGCUGCUAUGCUUGGGUCUAUCAUGCUUCCCAUUGGCCUUUGGUGGUUUGCUUGGACUCCGAGGGAAUCAGUUCAUUGGAUCGUACCUGUAUUAGCAGGCGUGCCAUUCGGCUGGGGUACUCUAGCAAUCUUUCUAUCCGUCACCACUUACCUCGUUGAUGUUUACGGUGCUCAAAGCGGAGCUUCUGCUGUAGCGGCCAAUGGGAUUUUGAGAUACUUACUCGGCGCAAUCUUUCCGUUAUUUACUCUGCAGAUGUACGACGCUAUGGGGAUUCAUCAAGCUGGAUCUGUGUUUGCAGCCGUAGGCUUGGUGUUGACUCCAUUGCCUUGGUGGUUUUUCUGGAAGGGUGAGGGCGUUAGGAAGAGAAGUGUUUAUGCUCCUCACACGCCUGCUGCACCUCCCGCCACUUCUUGA